GAGAAGCGAGAAGGGGAGCGCCGCCCUCUGUGCAGCUGCUCGGACCCGUGCUAUUGGCUGCUGCUCGCUGCGCACAUCUCCGGGAGAUCUGGUGAGCUAAGGGUCUCCCGGAAGUCUUCGUGCUGAAAGGGUCCUGGCCGGGCGGUUUUCCUACCAGGGAAAAAGAAAUGGAAACCUUGACCGAUGCUACUUUCCUUGCAACUAAAAUUAAAAACACACUCUGCCAGUACCACAGAAUUGAAGAUGAUAAAUGGAGAGUUGCCAAGAAAACGAAAGAUGUAACAGUUUGGCGAAAACCAUCAGAUGAAUUCAGUGGAUACCUCUACAAAGCUCAAGGUGUUAUGGAGCAUGUUACUAACGACGUUAUAGAUCACAUACGUCCAGGGCCUUGUCGCCUAGAUUGGGACAGCUUAAUGACUUCCAUGGAUAUCGUUGAGCAGUUUGAAGAGAAUUGCUGUGUGAUGCGUUACACAACCGCUGGGCAGCUGUGGAACCUCAUUGCACCAAGAGAGUUUGUUGAUUUCUCCUAUACAACACAAUAUGAAGAUGGACUUUUGUCAUGUGGCAUAAGUGUCCACUAUGAAGAAGUGAGACCAGAUUUUGUCCGUGGAUAUAAUCAUCCCUGUGGUUGGUUUUGUGUCCCACUUAAAGAUAGUUUUGAUCGAAGUCUUUUGACUGGCUACAUUCAGACAGAUCUUCGAGGGAUGCUUCCUCAGUCUGCAGUAGAUACAGCCAUGGCUAGCACCCUGGUAAACUUUUUUGGUGACCUCAGAAAAGCCCUGAAGGCCUAAUUGGGUGUGGACCAAAAUACCAGGAACUCAUCAUCAUCCAUUCCUCUUUCCUGUAUUAUGUUGUAAAAAUCUCAGGCUAGGUUAGAACUUUGUUGUCUGGAGUAUGAUGCUUUCUUUUAUUCCUAAUGCCUAUAGAAGGCAUUUCGAUACGGCUGUAGCAGAGUUGAAACUACCGUAUUGCUUAAAAACACAGAAAACUGGAUUUCACCUUAAGAGCUGACUAGUGUCUCAGUGUGAAUAUAUACUUGUUGGCUUCUUAGGAAUUAUCAGAAGCACAAACUUCAUGUUAGGAUCUUUCUAAAAACUAGUUUGUUUUUUUUAAUAUA